GUGACCACGCUCUGGGCAGGAGCGUGUCUUAUAAGGCCCUGCGAGAGCCCCGAGAUUCCCGCCGCCGGCCAGCCCUGGGAAUCCCGCGCAUCUCCUCCACCCAGAGGUGCUGAGUCCGGUCACCCCUCCGUGUCCACUUCCCCCAGACCCAGGGUCCUGCCACCAACCCUGAGGCGCCGGGAGCCCGCGCAGGACCCGGAAGCUCCAAGCUGCAGCCGGUUCUCGGCCCCGCCCCCGCGCAGGCCCCGCCCCUUCCCCGAGGCGGAAGUGCCCGGCCCCGCCCUCGGCUUCCCAUUGGCCGCUCCCUGCGCCUCCGCGGUCCCCGGCUGCCGCCCGCCCGCGCCGUCUGACCUUGGGGCCCGGGGCUCCCCCCGCCCGGUCUUAGCCAUGAGCUCCCUUGGAGGAAGGAGGCCGGAAACCACAGGACCCCGGAGUCGAAGGGCUCACAGGCCUCACAGGCCCCGGGAAGAGGACCGAGAUGUACAGCUGUCCAAGGCUUUGUCCUAUGCCCUGCGUCACGGGGCUCUGAAGCUGGGGCUUCCCAUGAGGGCUGAUGGCUUCGUGCCCCUGGACACCCUCCUGCAGCUGCCCCAGUUCCACAGCUUCUCUGCUGAAGAUGUGCAGCGCGUGGUGGAUACCAACCGGAAGCAGCGGUUUGCCCUGCAGCCAGGGGACCCCAGCACUGGCCCUCUCAUCCGGGCAAAUCAGGGUCACUCCCUGCAGGUACCGGAGUUGGAGCUGAUGCCCCUGGAGACCCCACAGGCCUUGCCUCCCAUGCUUGUCCAUGGCACAUUCUGGCAGCACUGGCCAUCCAUCCUGCUCAAGGGUCUGUCCUGCCGGGGAAGGACACAUAUUCACCUGGCCCCAGGACUUCCUGGGGAUCCUGGUGUCAUCAGUGGCAUGCGACCAAAUUGUGAAGUGGCUGUGCUGAUUGAUGGGCCCCUGGCCCUGGCAGAUGGAAUCCCCUUCUUCCGCUCGGCCAAUGGAGUGAUCCUGACUCCAGGGAAUGCUGAUGGCUUCCUGCUUCCCAAGUAUUUCAAGGAGGCCCUGCAGCUCCGCCCUUCUCGAAAGUCCCUCUCCUUGGCUGGUAAUGAAGAGACAGAGUGUCAGAGUGCCCCCAAGCAUAGCUCCAGAGGAAGAAGGAUAAUCCAACAAUAAAAUAUUUAUUAAAAA